AUGUCUCAACACGGUAGUCGCCAGCUGAUUGCGAGCAUUAUCCAUCUACACGGGAACACAACCGUUGCACUAUUGUUUUGCUCUCGGAAUGCAGGAUUCAGCAAAAACAUGAUCCACACUUUGCGCGCUUCACGGGUGUCUGACCGAGAAGGAGAGGUUCAAGACCGUCUGAUUCGGAACUGUGUACAACCACAGCAUUCCGACGCAGAAAGCGCCUCCGUCUGCGACCUACUUCUACGGCACUGCCGGUCGACCUCUGAGCACGAUGUCCAAACAAGUGAACAGAGUGAUGGUCCCGCGAGGAUCCCCAUGAGUCACUUUGCCGUAUGGCAAGCACUACGCUGCUCCUGUCUUCAAGGAAAGAAACGUACUUUCGAGACUCUUUGCGCACUUGGCGUUGAUGUUCAAGCAGCGGACGUGGCAGCGCAGCAGCAACAGAAAGGAAGCCUUGUGCACGCCGCGGCAGUGGGAGGUUCACAGUCGAUCAUUCAGAGGCUCCUCGACGACUAUCAUCUGAGCCCGGAAGGUCUCACAACAAAUUCAAAUCACAAUGAGCCUGUCCAUCUUGCUGCGGCACACGGUCGUACUCAUGCAUUGCUGCAAUUAAUCAAUCGAGGCGUAUCCAUUGACACACGAGACCGGCAUGGUAGGACUCCGCUUUUCCAUGCUGCUGUCAAUGGGCAUCUAUCAACUGUGAAGGCCCUUGCUGAGUCUGGCGCUCGCAUCCAGGUGACCGACUACGACGGCAUUUCACUCAUCGAAGAAGUCACUAGGCGAGCUCGAAUUAGAGACGGCCAAGGUCGGCAGGCGCUCGCAGAGUAUCUGCAACAUAUGCUCCAGCAACGGAAGGAAGAGGACGGAGCUUGCUCCUAACAUGAAAACCGAGACGGUGUUCAAUGGUUAUCGUAGGCGUGAACAUCUGAAUGGAAGCUCACCAUCCUUGCGUAGCAAGAUGGCUCCGCUGCAUUCCUGCGCAAAACCGGUAUAUUAUAGUGGUGUGGUGACGCAGACAAAAGAGUGGAAGGAGGGUAGCCACGCUGCCAUGUCUGAAACAUGUGUCGGUUCACGACGCAGAGACAUCCGUCGCUUGUUAAAAUGUAUUGGCAAAAAGUGCUUUUGAUAAAACGAGCCGCUCCACCCCAAACACGCCAGUGAAAUGCGCAUCCACAGGCGUAAGAUGAAAUUUGAACUUUCUUCCCUUCGAACCACAUAGAGUUCGCGUGUUCGCAUUAUGAGAUUGAGCAAAACGUUUAGUUCCGUGGGUAAGCGUAUGACACGGAU